AAGGUCCCUCACCGCGAGAAGUACUUCACGCAGAAUCUAGACCACUUUAACUUCAACCCGCAAAGCUACAAAACUUUCCAACAGCGAUACCUGAUUAACGAUACAUAUUGGAGAGGAAAGAAGGAUGAGUCCCCAAUCUUCGUAUUUUUGGGUCAUGGAGACGGUAUCAAGGACGUUGCAGCCGACGCCGGUCUCUUAUAUGACAUUGCUCCCACGUUCAAUGCUCUGAUUGUGUACAUUGAGCAUAGGUAUUUUGGGAAGUCAAUUCCCUUUGGCAGUUUAAAGCAUGCCUAUAAAAAUGCAAGUACACUCGGAUACCUGAGCGCAUCACAAGCACUUGCAGACACAGCAGUAUUGAUCAGAUCACUAAAGGCGAAUCUAAGCACUACAGGAUCGCCCGUCGUGGUAUUUGGGGGUUCCUAUGGAGGAAUAUUGGCAACAUGGUUUAGAUUGAAGUAUCCGCAUGUAGCUCUUGGAGCCUUGGCCUCAUCUGCUCCAGUUCUAUUAUUUGAUAACCUUGUUUCUCCCUACAAAAUAACAGAUAUCGUCACCCAAGAUUAUAAGAGUGUGAGCAAAAGCUGUUACAGUACAAUCAAGAACUCGUGGGAAGAGAUAAAGAAAACUGGUCGCAGAAAAGGAGGGAGAGAUCAGCUAACUAAAAAACUCAGGAUAUGCAAAAACAAAAUGUCGACUGAAAUUAUCGUAGAGAAAGUAUUUGGUUUGCUCGAGACGAUGCUCCUAUUUUCUGCCAUAUCGGAUUAUCCAGUCAGUACAAGCAUUCAUGCCAGUCUCCCAGCACAUCCGGUGAAAAAGAUAUGUAACGCCAUUGAUCAUCCUAAACUUGGUAAAGAUACAUUAUCAAGACUCUAUGGUGCCAUGAAUUUAUUCUACAAUAGCACGGGACAAGAAAAAUGCCUCAGUAUCAAGUCGGACAGUCAAAAUGGAUCUGCUACUUAUGGAUGGGACUUUCAGGGAUGCACAGAAUUGAUUCAGCCACCGGUUAGAAAUUCUAUCGACAGCUUAUUCCUCGUUCGUAUAAGCACAAAACCAUUGAUAGGGGAUGCUCAAAGUUCUCGCAUCAAGCCUAGGCCUAAUUGGAUUACCACAGAGUUCGGUGGCCAGGAUUUUAAGAAAGUUUUGAAGAAAUUUGGUAGCAACAUCAUCUUCUCCAAUGGACUAAGGGAUCCGCUCAGUGCUGGAAGUAUUGUUAAAUCAAUUUCGAAGAGCAUCGUAGCAGUAACGAUGGAAGAAGGAGCGCAUAACGGAGAUCUCUUCUUCGCUACGAAGGAAGAUCCAGAAUGGCUUCAGAAUGCCAGAAAGAGAGAGAUGAAGAUCAUAAAGAGGUGGCUCGAACAGUAGUACUACAUCGAUGCUGCCAGUUUGUAACAGUCAUUGUAUUUUGAUCUUCUAAAAUUUGAACCUCGGGGGUUCUUUUUCCCAUCUUUUUCU